AUGGAACCACAGAACUUCCGACUGCUUGUCCGCUGCUUUCCCAUUAAGCUACUAGAGAGAUCAAUAGAGAAAUCCUUUUGCAAAAAUAUGCGACAUCUCAAGCCAGGUUUACCUGCCAAGCGUGGAUCAAAGAAAUCAUCAGCGAGACAGGGUGCCGGCUCAUAUUCUCGUUCAACUACAUUCAUUUCUCCUGUCAAUAAGUAUGAGGCCAAGACUUUUAUUGAAUACGACUUUGAUGAAACUUUAGAGAUCAAGGAGGAAAUCCUCCAAGAUUCAGAGACAAUUAAAGUCCAGAAACGGAAUCAGUCAAAUAAGUCGAAAUUUUGUACCGUAUAUAUAAAAGAAGAUGAUAUUUUGGAUUUGAAGCCCAAAACGCAGACGCCAAAGAAGCAGAGAAUUAAGAAACCAGAGCAGGGAAAGAAGCAUACAUGCAACACGUGUGCUCGGACCUAUAAACUUAAACAGACUUUGAACUUUCAUCAAAAAUUUGAAUGUGGCGUCAUACCACAGUUCAGUUGUGAAUUUUGCCACAAGCAAUUUACACAAAAAUGUUCCAUGAACAGACACAUAGGUCACUUUCAUCGCAAACCAAGCGUGACAAAGGCGGUAUUAAUGUAUAAAUGUGACAAAUGUUCUCGAAGUUACACUUCGUUAUAUUCUUUAAAUCAACAUAAACGAAUAGAACACGGAGCAGUCAAACCACAAUUUUUUUGCGAUGUAUGCGGAUAUAAAUCGAAUCAGAAAAGUAACUUAUCCAAACACAUAACUUUCCUUCACACACAAUCACCGAAAACGAGUUAUAAAUGCGACAAAUGUACUCGAAGUUACAAAUCCUCAGAUUCCUUAAAUCGACAUAAACGUUUAGAACAUUCAGCAGUCAAAACACGAUUUAUUUGCGACUGUUGUAACUACCAAUCGAAUCUAAAAUGUAGCCUGUCAAAACACAUAACUUCCCGCCAUCCACAGACGUCGGAAACGAGGUAUAAAUGCGACAAAUGUUCUCGCAGUUAUAGAUCCUUAAAUUCCUUAAAUCAGCAUAAACGUUUAGAACAUGCAGCAGUCAUAACACGAUUUACUUGCGACUAUUGUAAACAUCAAACGAAUCUGAAAAGUAGCUUAUGCAAACACAUUACUGCACGCCAUCUGAAAUAAUAAUUACGUACAUAAAAAAUAUAUUAAGAAAAAAAUUAUUAUUGAUUGAAAAAACUUUAGACUCAUACUUCGUUAUAAGGCCAAUAUGCUCGGUCAGUUAGUGCCGUAUCAGAAUUUGUUUACAUCGCAACCCCUUAUUGAAUUUUCUGAUACACUAACUGAAUCAUAAAAAAGAAUUUUUUUGUCCAUAGGCAAAAAAUAUGAAGGUUUGCAAGAAAUUAGAAACCGGGAAUCAAAAACAGUGAUUUUAAAAAAAUACACGAUUAGUGGACGUAGCUUAGGCAGAAUUGUUCAGUGUAGCGACGAAGUAUUUUUGGAAUUUCUUUCAAAAACAAAAAAGAAUGAGAUUAGCUAAAAAGCUGAAAGUUUUGUUUAUUUGGCGAAAAUCUGUGUAUGAGAACUUAAAAAUUGGUGAAUAAUUUCUUUUUGAUUUAGUAAAACAUGUGUUAAAUAAUCAAUGAUGAAACUAAAAAUGAAUUUCGUCGGUUUAACUUUUAUGAUGACAAUUUUAGUUGUGUUUGUCCCUACCAAUAAAGUUAGUUUACACACACACACACACACAUAUAUAAAA